AUGACCGACACCAAGCCUGUCUCCACACCUAUGGCUUCGACAUCCCGACUUACUGCCAUCUCGGGUUCGUUGUUUGAGAAUGCCACCAAAUAUCGAGCUUUGGUAGGGAGUCUUCAGUAUUUGUCACUCACCCGACCUGACAUUAGUUUAACAAACUUUCUCAAUUUAUACAUGCUCCGACCAAUUGAUCACUGGCAAGCGGUUAAACGAGUUCUUCGUUAUCUUGUUGGUACUCGGGAUUGCGACAUUUUUUUAUCGGUCAAGAAUUGCCCUACUCUUCAUGCUUUCUCGGAUGCAGAUUGGGCUGGUGAUCGCCUUGGUUUUAAGUCAACUAGAGCGCAUGUUGUUUUUCUUGGUCGUCACCCGGUUUCCUGGUCGUCCAAGAAGCAACGUGGUAUUGCUCGAUCGUCUACGGAGGCUGAGUAUCGGUCGGUUGCGACAACGACUGCUGAAGUUCGAUGGAUAGCUUCACUUCUUCUUGAACUCAGUUGUCCUCUCUCUAGCACGCCAAUCAUCUACUGUGACAACAUUGGCGCUACUUACUUGUCUGCCAAUCCCGUGUUCCACUCUCGCAUGAAGCACAUUGCUCUUUGA